AUGAAACCUGAGUCGGCUGAUUUGGACAAGUUGGUGAAUCUGCAAUCAGAUCGUCACCAAGCUCUCAGGCUGGACCAAGUGGAGGAAUUACUGAACGCUUUUCGGGAGACGCACUCGGUGAUCGUUAAUUUGGAUGGAUUUAGUGAUUCAAGUUACGCCACGAAGAAUUUCCAAUCAGAAUUCGAGGAGCGUUAUAUGGACGCUUAUUGCGCUCUCGCCGAAGACUUCGACAGGCUUGGACCAGAAAAUACUACGCCGACAGCAGCCGCCGGGAACGCCGACCCGGAGUUGCGAGUAAACAUGCCGCAAAUGUCGGUGCCUAAAUUUUCCGGUGCGUGUGUGGACUGGCCUGGCUACUACGACGCCUUCACAAGUCUAAUUCAUAACAACAACAAUUUGAGCAAUGUCCAAAGAUUGCACUUUCUUAAGGAGUCGUUGCCCAUAAGUCGUGAUAAUGACAUUCGUCAGAUGCAGCUCACGGAUGUAAAUUAUGCAGUGGCUUGGGGAAUGAUGAUCAAAAGAUUGCAAAAGGACAGCACCGACUCUCUGCGGUCGAUGCUAAGCACGGUCAAUGUUUGCCUAGCUGCCUUCCGCCGCGUUCAAGCCUUGGGCGGGGAAUCGCAGCACUGGUUGGCGCAUUACAUAGCAUCGAAGCUGCCCAAGGAGACCCACAACGCUUGGGAGCACCACCAAGAUGUUGAUUCCGCAUAUGUGCUCAAUUCCGUAACAUCCGGCCUCCCCAGUCUCAGCUUCUCGCCGAAGCGAUGGGAUCACAUCCAAGGGCUCCCGUUGGCUGAUCCAAAUUAUUACAGAUCGAAACGAGUUGAUCUCAUCUUGGGAGUGGACCUGUUGGCACAAAUCAUGUUGCCAGACACGAAGAUUGGAUUGCCCGACGAACCCAUAGCUCAAAAUACCCGUUUGGGAUGGAUACUAUCGGGGCGAGCGGAAGGAGUUAUAAAAUCUUCCGAACUACGCUGUCAUCGAGUAACUUUGGACACGGAGUCAUUGCUCAAACGAUUUUGUGAAGUCGAGUCGGUUCCUGAUCGUUCUACGGAAACGGAGGAGGAUACAUGGUGCGAAACAUUUUUCCAGGAAACACAUGCACGUCGAUCGGAUGGCCGCUACGUAGUACGAUUGCCCUUUAAAACAUAUUUGGAUCCAACAAUGGUAUUGGGGAGAUCUCAUCAAAUGGCGCUGAAUCGGUUUAUUCAAUUGGAAAGGCGUCUGUCGAACAACCCGGGGCGGUGGAACAAAUAUGCGGAGGAAAUCGAGGAGUACUUUUCGCUUGAGCAAAUAGCGCCUGCUGUGGGCAGUGAGAGCAGUCUAAUGAAGCGCACAUCUUCGAAUAUGCAUGUAGCUUCAUGCGUGCUUCCGCACCAUGCGGUCUUCAAGGAGGAACUCCAUUCGAUCAAACAAAGAAUCGUAUUCGAUGCCUCCUCAAGAACUAGUAACGGGAGAUCAUUGAACGAUAUACUUUGUAUCGGACCCACUUUGCAGAACGACAUGUCAUCGGUUAUACUCAACUGGCGGAAAUAUCGUUUUGUUUUCACGGCGGAUAUACAGAAGAUGUAUCGCUGCAUAGAUGUUCACCCAGAAGACGCCCAAUAUCAGCGGAUUUUAUGGCGGGCGGCGGAUAGAGCCAUCAAUGUUUUUGCGUUAUCGACAUUGACCUUUGGGACGGCUUCAGCACCGUUCACAGCUAUCAGAGUUAUUCAACAGCUGGCAAAGGAUGAACAGCUUUCAUUUCCUAAGGCCAAGGAGGUGCUGAUGAACGAAAUAUAUGUAGACGACAUUCUUUCUGGAGGACAUACUAUAGAGGAGGCAAAGGAUAAGCGGUUGCAGGUAUCGGGUGCUAUAAAAUCCGCACGCAUGGAGUUGCGAAAGUGGGCCAGCAACGAUUCGAGACUUUUGCUCUCGAUUCCGUCAGAGUACCAUUGCACUCAGACCCUGUUAAGUUGGGACACUACAGAUCCCAUUAAGGCUUUAGGAAUGUAUUGGCUGCAAAACAAGGACUGUUUUAAAUACCAGAUCAACUUCGAGAUGCCAGUCAGCUCCACAAAGAGGAUGAUCCUAUCCAGUAUAGCAAGGUUGUUUGACCCGCUGGGUCUCAUUGCGCCGGUCAUCAUCUCGGGAAAACUUAUAUUGAAGGAGGUUACCAUGGCCAAGACAAAGCAGGCAGAUGGCACGCAGACGGUUCUGGACUGGGACGACGCGGUUCCUGAUAAUAUCGCAGAGCGAUGGCGAGUAUUUCGAGACCACUUACUGAGGAUCGGCGAGAUAAGCAUAGAUCGGUGGAUCCAUUACACCCCAUCUUCAAUAUCCUCAGUGCAGAUGCAUGCAUUUUGCGACGGAUCUUCCACGUCUUAUGCAGCCGCUGUGUACCUAAGAGUAGAGCAUCAGGACGGAAGAUGCUAUACAUCUCUGAUGGCUGCAAAAUCAAAGGUUACUCCCACCAAGCCCCUAACUAUACCUCGAACAGAGUUAAGUGGAGCGGUAUUGGCCAUCAAAUUGGUGAGGUGGCUAACUAUGGCUAAGUUUCUGAGCUCCUUGCGGGUCCAGACUUUCUAUUGGACGGAUGCUACAAUUGUGCUGCACUGGUUGCAUGGAGACGUCAAUAAAUGGAAGACCUUUGUUGCGAAUAGAGUCGCCUUCGUUUUGGAUCAUUCCUCGCCAAUUCAGUGGAGGCACGUUAGCACUACCGAGAAUCCAGCGGAUUGCGCUACACGCGGUCUCACUCCCAUCGAGCUAAAGGACUUCGAGCUGUGGUGGCGAGGGCCAGAGUGGCUCGUACGCAAUCAAGACUGUUGGCCAUCGACAGAUUUCGGUCAAAUUGGCAUUAACGACGCUGCUUUAGAGGCAAAGGUGGCAAAAAUGCGAGUUCACCAUGCAGUCCCGCAGCCGUCGUUUCUUGAGAGAUUUUCAACACUCAGCCAGGCUUUACGAGUCACAGCCUACAUCAUGCGCUUCAAGGACAACGCGUCCGGCAAGGUAGACAGGCGCCUUGGGCCCUUAAUCACUGAAGAGCUCGACUACGCUUUAUUAGCCGUCGUGCGUAUCGUACAGCGCGAAUCGUUCGCAACCGACUUGUCUGCAGUAAGGAACUCCAAACGGUUGCCCUCGCGGAGCAAAUUAUUAAAUUUGUCGCCGAUAUUAGAGGAAGGCAUCUUGCGGGUGAGGGGACGACUUCGCCAUUCUAGUUUGUCGCACGAACGUCGUCAUCCGAUAAUCCUGCCAAGCUCUCAUCAUUUCACCGAAUUAGUAAUACGUCACUCUCACUGUCUAACCCUGCACGGAGGCGCGCAGUUGACUUUGGCACACGCGCGUCAGCGUUUUUGGAUCCUGACAGGACGGCAAGCAGUUCGAAGGGUCAUACGGAAAUGCGUUCGCUGCUUCAGAACGCGACCAACUACUACGGCUCAGCUUAUGGGAGACUUGCCCGUUCAUCGAGUCAACCCUCCUAGUCGACCAUUCAUUGCCACUGGUGUCGACUACACAGGCGCAAUAGAGAUUAAAGCAGCGCGUCUACGAGGCACUAGCUUUUACAAGGAAUACAUCGCUGUGUUCAUUUGUCUCGCAACCAAGGCGGUGCAUUUGGAGGCGGUGACAGGUCUCACCACGGAACAUUUUUUGCUGGCUCUGGACAGGUUCACCGGGCGACGAGGAAUGGUUCAGCACCUUUACAGUGACAACGGUACCAACUUUGUUGGUGCAGACAAUGUAAUGAAGACGGUGUACGGUCAGCUUCAAGCGGAUUACGAGAAGCUCAUCGCCCCCAAGCUUGCAUCGCAGCGCACAACAUGGCACUUCAAUCCUCCUCUGUCACCUAACUUUGGUGGGCUUUGGGAGGCCAAUGUAAAGUCGGUUAAACACCAUCUAAAGAGAGUCAUUGCAGAUCGUCGGCUUACCUACGAAGAGUUGUCUACGGUGCUCGUAAGCAUAGAAGCGUGUCUCAACUCAAGGCCGCUUUGUCCUCUCACGGCUGACCCGGACGAUCUAGAAGUGCUCACCCCAGCGCACUUCCUCAUCGGAGACUCAAUGCUGGCGCCGCCGGAAUAUCAACCACAAUCCAGAUCCUUCGCAGAGCAGUUCCUCAUCCAGCAGACGAUGAUACGACAUUUCUGGAAGGCUUGGAGUCGUGACUGGUUAGCGCAUCUUCAGCAAAGGCCAAAGUGGUGUCAGGAGACCGAAAGCUUUCAGCUUAACGACCUUGUCAUUAUCAAGGACGACAGGUUCCCCCAUCGCAAUGGUUGCUCGGGCGUGUUAUGGAGGUGCACCCAGGGACGGACGCACUGGUCCGGGUGGUGA